AUGGAAGCUAACAAGAAGGCUUCAAAUCUGAGGAAAACGGCGGACGAGGAGGUGGACGAGGUGGAGGAGGUGGAUGAGGCGGAUGAAGAGGAGGUGGCGGUGGUGAAAGGGAAGAGGAAGGCAAAAGCGAAGGAAGUGGAGGAGGUGGAGGAGGAGGAAGAGGAGCAGGAGGAGCAGGAGAGUGAGGAUGCGUCCGUGGACGAAAAGGACGUGAUUCCGAAGCGGGAGGCGAGCGCACGGUGGCCAGAGCGGUGCAAGGAGGUGAAGGGAGUCAAGCACUACUCGGCAGUCACCAUGGACGGUCACCUGUACAAGCUCGGCGACGAUGUUACUGUGCAGGGCGAGCCCAACGGUCAUGACUUCAUGGGUACGAUCAAGGAGAUAUUCAAGCCCGCCAAGGGAGAAGUGUCAUGCUUAUUACGCUGGUACUUCCGGUACAGCGAUACGGCCAUGGGGGCGUUGGGGGACGGCAUUGUGGAUCCGCGCUUGUGCUUCUGGUCGCGGGAGACUGACGACAACCCUGCCAGCUGCAUCACAGGGAGGGUCAGAGUCAAGCGAGUCAAACCUCCGUCUGGCCCCAAGGAGCCGCUGGACAUACCAGGAGACGUGGACUUCGUGUACCACUACAUGUACUCGUACGACUUCGCCUCCUUCUCCGACAUUCCCAAUGAUGAGUGCGAGCAAAAGCUGGACUGCCUCCCAGACCCGCCGGCCGUCCACCCACCUGGAUCAAACGGGGUGAAUGGAACGGAAGAGAGCGAGAAACACGAGGUGGCAAGGAAGGCCGAGUGCAAUGGAAUGCAUGCGGGAGAUGGAGGAGAGAAGGCCGUGCAGAGCAAGGAGGAGGAGGGGGCUACUGGGAAGGAUGAGAGUGGCCUGGGAGAUGAGUGUGUUGAUGCAGAAGGGGGAGGAGGGAGAAGGGAAGGUGAAGCCAAUUUGGAAGAGGGGGGUGGAGGGGAUGUUGGAGCGAGUGUGAAAACGGGGGAAGGGCAGGGCGAAGGCGAGGGUGAGGGCGGUAAGAAGCUAGGAGGAGGUGAGGUGGAGGGCAGUAAGGGACAGGGGGGAGGCGAAGGGGCGUGUGGUAUAAAAAAGACUGCUGAAGGAUCAGGGGGAGUGAAUGGGCUAGAGGAGCUGAAAGAUAAGAAGGCAGAUGGGAAGACAGAAGGCACAGCGAUGGAAGUUGUAAAGGUGGAGAGUGGUGGGGCAGUGGGGAGUGUGAGUGAGGUGGGAGUUGAUAAUCAGGAGCAGGGCGAGGAAGGAAAGGGGGAAAAUGGGAAGGGAGAGAAAGGAAAAGGGGAAAGUGGAAAGGGAAACGAAGGGAAGGAGGUAGAAGGGAAGGCAGGUGUGAAGGUUGAAGAUCCUGCGGUAGGCAGUAUGAAUGUGGAGAAUGGGGGGCCAGUGAAUGAUGCUGGGAUUGAGAUGGGUGGCACUCCCAGAGGCGUCACCAUUGACACUUGCUGGUCCGUGGACUUCAACGCAGCUGCAUGCGAGAGCAUGAAGUACAACCACCCGCUCUGCCAGGUGCGCAAUGAGACUGCAGACGAGUUCCUGGCGAUUCUGAAAGAGCUGCCGACCCUGCUGGAGCGUUAUGCUGUGUCCUCCGGUGAAAACGGUGUGUCUACAGCAGCAGCGGCAGCAGCAGUGUUCAUGGAUGCGGAUGGUGAGAAGGGCGGCAAGGCUGUUGCUCACAAACACAAGGUCGUGCACCACUCACACCACCAGCACCAGGAGGAGAAGCAGCAGCAGCAGGAGCAAGAUCAGGAGCAGGGAGGUGAAGGGUCAAAGGGGAAGGUGGAAAACACCAAAGAGGUGGAAAUGGGAGAUGCGGAAGAGGCUGCAGGAGUGGAAGAGAUAGCGGAGGAGGUAGAAGAGGAGAUAGAGGAGGUGGAGGCGAAAGGAAGGGGGAAGAGGAAGGGGAGGGCGUCGGCUGAUGAGGAUGGGAAUAGGAGGACCUCAGGCCGGAACAAGCGGCAGAAGUGCAACGGUGCUGCUGCCAGCAAGGGCAGCUCUGGGAAGGCGAGUGGGAAGACACAGGAGGAAGAUGAAGAGAGCAGUGAUGAGGAGAUUGAUGAGGGGGAGUUUGAGGUGGGGCGAAUUGUUGGGGUGAGGUACAUUGCUGCCACGGAGAAGGGACGGCCAGCUGGCAUUUACUUCAAGGUUCAGUGGAAAGGGUACGGACCUGAGGAGGACACCUGGGAGGCAGAAGAGAGCCUCAGCUCGUGCAAGCAGGCUAUCCGGGACUAUCUGGUGGAGGUGAAGGAGAAGAAGCUGCUGCCUCUGCCGGGCGAUGUGGACAUCAUCUGUGGAGGCCCCCCCUGCCAGGGCGUGAGCGGCUUCAACAGGUUUCGCAACACAGAAGAUCCACUGGCGUGCGAGAAGAACCGGCAGCUGGUAGUGUUCAUGGACCUGGUGGGGUGGCUGGCGCCCAAAUGGGUGCUCAUGGAGAACGUGGUUGACCUCAUGAAGUUCAAAGAGGGCAUCCUCGCCAAAUACGCCAUCGCCCGCCUCGUGGCCAUGGGGUACAAGUCUCGCACGGGGAUCAUUGCAGCUGGUUGCUUUGGAGUCGCCCAGUUUCGCCUCCGAGCUUUCUUCUUCAGCGCUUUGGAUGGCCAUGCGCUUCCAAGCUUUCCCUUACCCACACAUCUCGUCGCGAAGGAGAGAGGCUCCGUGCCCACCCGCUGGAUGAGGAACUUUGUUGGGUGGGAAGAGAAGUCUCCUGUGUUGAAGACGCUGAAGCCGGCACUCGUGCUCAAGGACGUGAUAUCUGAUCUCCCACCGGUGACAAACGCCACGACUACGGACGUCAUGGAAUACACCAAGCCACCUGCCAACAACUUCCAGCGAUUCAUACGCCUCCCCAAAUCCGCCUUUCGUUCCCCGCCCCCAAAUGGGACCCCCCCCAACUCGCCCUGGUCAUGGGACGCCAACCCCAAGCUGCUGGACCACCGCACGCACAACCUCAACGCCGAUGACUUCUAUCGCGUGGAGAGGAUUCCCAAACGCGAGGGAGCAUGUUUCCGCGACCUGCCAGGAGUGCUGACGGACCCUGCCACCAAGAAGUGCUCGCUGGACAAGACUCUCCAGCCCCGCCCCUUCAUCCCGCACUCAGGAAGCCCUCUGGUGAGUGCGGUGUUUUUGAAGCGACUCGAAAGUCACUCCCGCAUUCGGGCAGUCCUCUGGUGA